AUGUCAGCGAUCAGCUUGCUCGGUCUGGCGAGAGCAGAGUUCGACUAUGAGGCCAGAGAAGCGGAGGAAGUCUCCAUCAAGGAGGGCGAUGUGCUCUACAUUAUCGAAGAUGACGAUGCCGAAUGGUGGAAGAUCCGGGCAAAGGUGUCGCCUUCGUCCGACGAGCCCGAGGGAGCGACCGGCCUUGUUCCUGCGAGCUACCUCGAGCCCAUGCAGCCCAUCUCACGCGCAAUAGCGACUUAUGCCUACCAAGCGACCAACGAGGAAGAGCUCACAGUCGUCGACGAUGAGCCUCUCAAUGUCUACGAGGACGACGGAGAGUGGACGCUGGUGGGGCGCGUAGAUGAGUCCGGUCAGAGAGGCGUGGGCUACAUGCCAACAAGCUAUCUCACGAUCACGGAUGAGACCGUGUCGCCUGUCGCUGCACAUGAGGAAGACGAAGUCUACGAGGAAGCAGAGGAGAACGCGCCAAUUGCGAUUGCAUCAGCGCCGAGCGUACCCGCUCUCGCCCGCAAUGGCGCAACAAAGACGCCUGUCAAGAUCUGGAGUGUCUCUGAGCUUGACGGCAAGAAGAAGAAAAAGAAAGGCAGCCUAGGCAUAGGCAAUGGAGCGCUUUUCUUCGCCAGUGAGAGUGAUAAGGCGCCAGUACAACAGCGCAGUAUAGUAGAUCUUCAGACAUGGGAUACCGAAAAGUCGAAGCAGAUCAAGAUCCAGUUUGCGGACGAUAUCGAGCUCAUCUUUUCGACCUCGAAGGAUGCAUUAGAAGAGAUUGUGCAAAAGCUCGAAGCCGAACUCGAAGCGCACACCGGUGCUACGCCUCGACAGAAUACUACCAAUACGCCCGUGCCUGCUCCGCCUCCGAUAGCUGCGCUCGGUCCCGCUCCCCCACCGCCCAAAGCGCCUUCGCCACCGCCAGAAGAACAUUACAGCGCUCCAGUCCCACCUCCACGGCCACAAGCAGUCAGAUCGCUUUCUGAGAAGACCGGCGUGGCUCUGUAUGACUUCUCGGGCGAGGGCGAUGACGAGCUCUCUAUCCAAGAGGGAGACCAACUUGUAAUUCUUGAUGAUAGCUCCAACGAAGAAUGGUGGAAAGUGCGAAAAGCCGAAGACGGCUCGGAAGGCGUCGUCCCUGCCAGCUAUGUCGGCACCGAAGACGAGCAUCAGCAGCAACAGGCACAGGAACAGGACGAAGAGGAUACGGCUGCACCGCUCGUUGCGCAAUCUCGGUCUGAUCCCUCUGCUGCUCGACGCGAGCAAGAGAGGAGCGAUGCAAGACGAGCCAGACAGCUUGCAGAAGAAGAAGCAGCUGCUGAAGAUCAGAGGCGGAAGCAGAAGUCUGAAGCCCGUCGGAGGAGAGAAAUGGACAAUAGCCGGUCAGGCGCUGCGCCACCGAAUGCUGCUCCUCGACCUAGCUCAUCCUCUGGAACGAGCGAGCGUAAGCCUGCGGCAGAUCAGACGCGAAUAUGGAAAGACAGAACUGGACAAUUCAAGGUCGAAGCUCAAUUUCUUGGUCUUAACAAUGGCAAGAUACGGCUCCACAAGCUCAAUGGCGUAAUCAUUGAGGUACCGGUCGCCAAGAUGUCGCCCGAUGAUAUACAAUUUCUGCAGUCAAUCACGAAACGGUCUUCGAAGGAUGGCGAAGAUGAUAUUGCGCUGGCAAAGCUCAGAUCAGCUCGGCCGAGCUCAGGCUCGCAGCGUCCGUCGACCUCCUCGCGUCGAUCUGAUCCUGCCACGCCGUCGCGCUCCAAACCAGCGCGAAAGGCGACGAUGGACUGGUUCGGCUUCUUUCUGGAAGCGGGCUGCAGUGUGGAUGACUGCACUCGCUAUGCCAACAACUUCGAACGAGACCGCAUGGACGAGAAUGUCCUGCCUGAUCUCGAGCCGGCGACGAUGCGCAGUCUUGGUCUACGCGAAGGCGACGUUAUCCGUGUCAGCCGACUCAUCAAGCAACGCUUUGCAGCACCAAACGUACCCAACAAGCCGGAUACAGACACUGACCAGCUAGCGGAGGACGAAGCAAUGGCUCGCAAGUUGCAAGAACAAGAGAAUGCCGGCAGCACUGCGGGUGGCUCGCUCUUUACGUCUGCAUCUGGCGGCCUCAAGACAACACGGCGUGGACGUCCUCCUGUUGGCCGAUCUGCACCGUCCAUCGCUUCGAUCAGUGACAGUAUUGCCUCGGCUAGCUCGCAGCUCAGCGCAGCGGUACCUGCACGGCCUACUUCCGCAAACGAAAUUGAGACCCGCCCGUCACGGUCGGCAUCCAAUGCGACAUCGAGCGGCUUCGAUGAUGAUGCAUGGACUGUCAAGCCCUCGUCAAAGCCAAGUACGCCUGCACCACCACCACCGCCCGCACCAACUGCACCCGCACAAGCUGUCGUCAAGCCUGCCUCGCCGGCGCCGGCGCCGACACCCGCGACACGACCGGAAGUCGAAAGAGCGCCAAGCUCGACGCAAGACUACAACGAAAGGUUGCUUGCUCAGCUCGGUAUUGGCAGUCAGCAGAAUCAGCGACCGGCACACCAGCCUCCUCCAGUCAUCAAUGGACCGCGAGGGCCUCUGGCGCCUGUCGCCGCUAACGGUCCGCUCUUGGCACCUCUCGUACCUACAAACACGGGCAUCAAUCGCUUUGUGCCCACGCGUCCUGGUGCGCAGCCAGGUCUCGCGCCACAACAGACAGGCUUCGCUCAGCCUGGUCCUCAGCUGUACGCGCAGCCGACAGGCAUGAACGCUCAACUGUACCCUCAACAGACCGGCUUUCAGCAGCCUCAGCAAAGUUUCCAGCAACCACAGCAGCUCUAUCCGCAGCAAACAGGCUAUCAGCAGCCGAUGCAGACCGGUCUCUAUCCCCAGCAAGGACAACUUCAGCAGAUGGGAAUGAUGCAGCCUCAGCAGACUGGCUAUCAAUCGCCCGCGCCCGCUCUGCAACAACCUCCGCAGCAGACUGGCUUUGGACAACAAGCGCCUAUCCCUUCGCUCUCGACGUUUGGGCCGCAGAACGGCGCAUCGUCUGCAGGCCAGUCAACAGGCUCUACGCAGUAUCAGCCUUCGAAUGUGUUUGCAUCGAUGAAGGCCGGCACGUUUGGCAACAAAUCAUCGCAGCUCGGUCCCCAGUCGGAGCAAAAGUACGAUGUUUUGCGCGCCCAGCCUACAGGCUACAACGGAGGCAUGAUGCCGCAGCAGACCGGCUUCCAGCAGCCCCAGAUGACUGGCUUUCAGCCUCAGCUGACGCCCCAGAUGACCGGCUACGCGCCACAGCAGCAACAGAUGUUCGGUCAAGCACAACAGCAGCAACAGCAGCAGCCAUAUUGGAGAUAA